UCUUUCUUUUCUUUAUUUGAAAACUCUUGCAAACGUUAAAAACGAGAAUUAAAGCUGAUAAUUUCAGGCACAUUCCGCAUUGCUUAAUAAUUAUUCCAAGGCGGGAGUACUUACGUCGCGAAUUAUGGAUGAUGAAAACAUGCCAAGUGUGCAAGAUUUUUCCCAGUUAGAACGGCAAUUUCGUGAACAGUUUUAUGAGUUGCAAAGCAACAUGAUUACCCUGCAGACGACGCAGAAGGAACUAUUGGAAACUCGUCACGCUUUAUAUAGCACAGAAUUGGAGCUGGAGAAAGAGCGUAGAGUUUCUCACGAGUUAAAGAUGCGUCUGAGAGUGGUCACGGAGGUGGCGAACGAAUCGCAGCAACAGCAAACGAAAAAUCAGGUCGAGAGUGUUCAAUUGCGAAUCAAGUAUGACGCGAUGACGAAGCAAUGCGAGUCCCUGAUGAGUCAAGCCGCAGCCGCAAAGACGCACGAAGCUGAGUGUAAAAUAAAAAUUCGGAGCUUAGAAGAGAAGCUACAUCAGAGGGAUACGAGCAACAAAAUAAUGGAGCAAGCUUUAAAGAAGCUUGAAUAUGACAAUUCGCGUGUUAUCGCCGCUAUCGAUCAUAAAAUCGCGAAACUUAAAGAGGAGCAUCGAUAUCUGCAGAAAUCCUGCGAAGACACUAUCAUUCUCAAUCAACGAUUACAAACUGUGGGUUUAUGUACACACGCGAUACAUCAAAAGGACAAAGCGAAAAUAAAAGAGUUGGAACAUAUGCUAGCUUCGAUGAUGAUCAGGAAUACAGGCUCCGCACAAGAAUCCGUAAACUACGAUGCGCAUUCGAAGGAAAAUUAUCAUCUACAUAAAGAAUAACAGGACAGGAUUUUAUCAAUAAAUAUACUGAAACACGUAUUAUGUACAGGAUUAAUAAAAAAUGUAUUAUAAUAAUCGUUUGUAUAUUUAAGUAUAAGUUGAACAAGUUCUGAUGGUAAAAAUGCAAACUUGCAAGAUGCACAUCAUGACAACCAGCAAACGAAAGAGAUUUGUUUAUUUUUUUCUUUUAUUGCAGAUUUCUGUAAACGAAUCUAUCUCUAUAUGUAAAAUAAAUCUCGUCGGAAGAUAAGCCUCGCAUAACUUAUGCUCGUUUGUCUUUUUCCUUUUAGACCUAAUAAGAAAUUCUAUGACUAUCCGUGAUAUAACAAAAUUGUCUCUAUAAAGAUUUUGUUUAAUUCGUCACAAGGCAUUUUAAUUACAUCAGUUAAUGCUCUAGUACACUUUACGUUUUUCCUGUUAAUUUUGUGAAAAAGCUAUAUCUGCUUAAUAACAGUAUAAAAACGAUUGUGACCUAUACUGCUUAAUCUUAUUUUUUUUCUUAUUUUUAGUCAUUGUAUGUGAUGUUGUACGGUGUGAUGUAUGUUUCUAUACUUUUAUAGAUACAUGGUCCUCCGAUAAAGAGAAACACACACGAUGUAAAUUAUAUUUAAAUAUGAAUUGCAGAAUUUCGUGCAUAAGAAAUUGUAUACUUCAUCCCAUUGCCAUAAAAAUUAAGUAACAUGUACUUUUAUAUUUAACAGUGAUUUUUCAAUAAGAAAAUCGACCAUUACCCUUGAUAUAAGAAAACCAGAGGAGAAAUUCAUUUCUGUGCUUAAUAUAUCACAUUUUUAUCUGAUUUAAUAAAUUAUGUUGUAAUAACUUUUUAACCCUAAUCGGUAUUCGUGGAUCCAGUGGAUCCGGACAUUUUCUUUAAUUACGUUUGUUUAUAAUUUUUCACAAUCUACAUAAUUUUAAAAUACAUAAUCUUAUUUCUCGGAUUUUGAUCUUCAAACAAAAAAGUCAUUAACUUUAAACAAAGAUAUACUAAUUUAAAGUAAACUGGACCCGCAAAUUUCAGUUAAGGAAAUUUUAGAGCGAAUACCAAUUAGAGUUAAGAGAUACAAUAAGAUAUAGAUUACAUCAAUAGGAUAUAAAUCCCGUCAACAUAAACCAACGCGAAACUGUUUCAUCUAAGUCCCUUUAAUUAUAUUGAGUAACAAGAAAAUGUUUGCAUAACAAAUUGUAAAAAUUGCAUGAAUUAACACGUAUGUACUCCCUUUCUAUAUAAUAAAAAUAAAACAUUUUAAUACUUUCUCCUCUGAGGGUUUCUUCGGCAAAAAAAUACAUUCAUAUAGAUAAUUUCCGAGUCUUUAAUACGAUGCGUUUCAUUGUCAAGGAAUAAACCCACUAUACCCGAUACUUGGGAUGUGAAAAGUUCC